UCUUCAUCAUAAAUAGGAAGGGGCCCCAUAAAUGUUUCAAGAAAUUAUUUAAGACACAUUCUUAUAAAGAGCGAUAAAGUUUGGUAUAACUAUGAGUCUAGAAUUUGAGAGCAACGGUUGUUGAUUGUCGUGGUAACUGCGAACCUCUGUUGGCAAUUUGACAACACUGGCGAGACAUAGUAAGUCUGAUACAGGUAGCGGCGUUUCCCACAGGUGUGGUAGUUUGACCCCUUGGUUACCAUGGAGCAAACAGGUAACAGUAUCCAACUUACUUCAUAGUUGGGUGCUACCAUUGUGUCUAAUAAGAGGGCCACUGUUAGUAUAUCUAAUGCAUGUAAGAACAUGGUAGAAACAAAAGUGAUGCCUUGAAUGCAUCCAGCAAUCCGACGAUCAAACGGGAACACGCUUAUGUAUUCCGAACAUUUCCAUUCUGAAUUUAGCAUAUUGCAAUGUUUCAUCAGAUGAAACAUUCUCCCUUCUCCUAUGACGGUGGCAUGGCCCUGUUUGGUGACAACAAAGGGAAGUUGAAACUUUGCCCGGCAAGUUGCCACUGGCAAUGCUGCACAGCAAGACGGACUGGUGAAUUUUCUUCGGACCAACCGACCAUCUGGAUAGCAGAAACAGCCAACAGAGUACAGAACCAGUGAAGAGAAGCAGUCGCGGUGAAGCGAGGAACAGAACUUCAUUACCAGCGUGAAAUACAAGUACUCCGUCUAAUUAUCGCGCAAUCAACGUGUUGAUUGAUUAAUUGUGGAACAAAGACGUGCGGACGAAAGUUGACCAUGGAUUGCAUCGGCGAAGUUGUCUGUUAACAACCAAAGAAACAUGGAAAGAUUACUGACGGAAACAAUAACUUUUCCAUGGGGGAUGGCGGAGAGGAAAAGAAAGAGAAGAAGGUAUCUGUGGAUCGGCGGGCCCGGGGUGAGAUGGUGGACGUUCUUCACCAUACUUCUCAUGUGCAGGGCAACAGUAUCAGGUCAGGCUACAACAGUCAGCACUCCUGACCCUACCUCGACAGGAGGCAAUACAACAGUUACUCUCACUGGCCAAACAACUCUGAACAACAGUACAACUAUUACAACAACAGGUGCAACAACAACAGCCAAUGACACAA